AUGGUAUUACUACGCCAUUUACUUACGUGCCUUGCCCUUAGCAACUACCUGGCCGCAGUAGCGAGCUCAAAGCUGUCUCCAAAUGAUGGUGUGCUUGGAAAAAUUGCCCACGUCGAGACUCUUUUUACAAGAGAGGGUCCAACACCGGAUGUACUUGAGCAUUUCGAUCAUUUGAUAAAGGAUGUCAGGUCAUAUCGGACCGAUAACCAAGUUGUUGAAUUGGGGUACGACGAAUUGAACAAGUCAUUGACACAACUACUAUUCAAAAGAGCCUUGAUUGAAAUCAGUCUCAAGAAGGAGUCCUUAGCUAUCGUUGACUUGCAAGAUGUUUUGAAAUUGGAUCCGAAGAUGAAACCAGCUGAGAAUAAGUUGGUGGAGAUAUUGGUAUCGAGAGGAGACUUUACCAAUUUGGAGCAAUACUUGAAGGACUCUCACAUACCCAGAGAAUCGUCCGCUUGGGAAGCAAUCGACUUGUUUCAGCACCACUGGACACAAGCAGAAAAAUACUUUAAAGAAAACAAGUUUGAGGAGUGCUUGAAGGAACUUGAUCAAAUUGCAGUGGUUAGCACUAACAGCUAUGAAGUGUUUCAGCUAUACUUGAAAGCAAGCUUGCAAAUGUUCCAAAACGACCCAGAAAAGAAAGUUCAGUACUUGAAUGAGCCAGAAGUACCGUUAAAGAAAGUGAUCGUUUCGCUACUAUCGAAACUAAUAAUGAUCAAUCCAGUAAAGAACUUGCAGUAUUAUACACUUUUGUCAGAAUUUUAUCUCAUCACGGAGGUUCAAUUUGAUCAGGCUUUCAAGACGGUGAAAAGCUGCUUGAGAAUAGAUAACGACUACAAGCCAUGUGGCGAGUUGUCAAAGUUUUAUUCCAAAUUUGCAGAAUUUUUACAAGAUUUGGAGAAUUAUUCAAUCAAUAAUGGUCAUAUUUACCCGAAGUUGGAGAUUGAACAUCAAGGCAAUUUUGAUAAAGAGCUCAUUGACUUGAACUUUAAGAGAAUCAAUGAUUUCUUGUUCCACGAAGAUGUCAAAUUGACUAGAGCAGAAAAGAAGAAGUCCUUGAAAGUGAAGACAAACUUUGAAUACUUGACCAAAGUGAAGGAAUUUGACAAUGCAUUACGUAAUUCUAAUCUAUUAUUUUACUCCGACUUGACAAAGUUGGGAUGCGAGUCCUUUAUCCAAAUCGGUGAGUACAAGCAUGGAGAAGCAGUGUGUAAGCUUGUUAAGGAUAGAGAGUUUUUCCCACUUUCUGUGCCUGAGAUUGAUCAAUUAUUGAAAAGCAAGGAUUAUCAAGGAGCCGAACGGAAAUUGCUGAGCUUUAAUGGGUAUGUUAGAAACACACCGUUGUUCCAAAAGAGAACGAGACCUAUUGAGGAGUAUCAUGCAAGGAUGAAUCAGGAGAGACAGAGACAGCAGCAGCAAAACUUUUACAGGCAGCAGCAACAACAGCAACAACAACAAAGACAGCAGAGACAACAACAUCAACAAUAUAGACCACCACAGAGUAAACCAAAGACCGACUACUACAAAAUCUUGGACAUAGGACGAGAUGCCGAUGACAAGACCAUUAGAAAAGCGUACCGAACACAAACCUUGAAGUAUCAUCCAGAUAAAUACAAGGGAACCGACUUGACACCGGAGCAAAUUGAACACAAAAUGCAAGAUGUCAAUAAAGCGUAUGAAGUAUUGUCUGAUCCAGAGUUGCGUGAACGUUACGAUAGAGGUGAUGACCCAAAUGACCCGUUGAAUGGCGGUGGUGGUGGCGGUGGUGGCGGUGCACAUCCGCAAUACGGUGGCUUCAAUGGGGGAGGACAACAGUUCUCAUUCAACUUCGGCAAUGGAGGUGGCGGCGAUUUUUUCCAACAGUUCUUUGGUGGUUUUGGUGGUUUUGGUGGAGGUGCUGGUGGAGGUGNGGUGGUUUUGGUGGAGGUGCUGACACAACGCACAGAAUCAACUAGCUGCUCUGGACCACGUUUCAAUAUGAAGUAUUCAGUUUUGUUGUCCAUUGCAAUUGCUGUUUCCAAAGUAGACGCAUUGCCUCCGCUUAAAUUUUGGCAAGAUGUUAUUCCAUUAGGCGGACAACAACCCCAAGCUAACCAAGAAGUUUUUGUUAAUUCACAAUCUAGUGGUGUAGAUGAGAAGCAGGAGGAUGUUUUGGGGUUGCAAUUGCCACAUUAUGAAGAGUCUGAGUCGAUUACAAUCACCGACGUCAUUGACGAGUCUGUUUAUGAAAAAUUACCCGAAAUUGAUUCUGAGUCUUUGCAAUCCACAAUCAAAGAAGCAAAUUUGAGAAAGCGUGCUGAGUCAUUGUUUAAGGUUGCCAAUUACUCCACCAAGAAAUAUGGCCAUCCAACUAGAGUCAUUGGUUCACCGGGCCACUGGGCCACUAUCCGGUACAUCAUUUCUGAAUUGAAAAAGCUCGGUGGUUACUACACCAUUAAAACCCAAAGUUUUGAUGCUAUUGACGGCCAUAUUGAUUCCUAUUCUUUAUUGAUUGAUGGUGUGCAGCCCAAGAGUUUGAAACCGUUGGCGUUGACACCACCCACGGCUGAUACACGUCCGGCACACGGGAACUUGGUGUUGGUCGAGCAGAAUGGAUGCUCGUUGCAUGAUUAUCCGCAUUUGACAAAGGGAAACAUUGUGUUGAUCAAACGUGGUGAGUGCUCGUUUGGAGACAAGUCUAGGAACGCUGGUAAAUUGGGAGCCAAGGGGGCAAUUAUCUUUGACUCCGAAGGUGCUGUUUCUGGUACAUUGGGUACACCUAAUGGAGAUGAAGUUGCCACUGUUGCAGUUGAUGAGAAGGAUGUCGAAGAAUAUAUCAAAAAGUUGAAGGCUAAUCCAAAUCACAAGUUUGAAACUACGUUGUAUGUUGAUUCUUAUGUUAAAAAUAUAUCAACCAUCAAUGUUAUCGCUGAUACUGUAUUUGGUGAUCAUGACAAUGUUGUUUCGUUGGGAGCCCAUUCUGAUUCUGUUGGAGCAGGACCAGGUAUCAAUGACGAUGGUUCAGGUACUAUUUCAUUAUUGGAAGUUGCUCAGCAAUUGACAAAGUACAAGAUUAACAAUGCUGUUCGAUUUGCUUGGUGGGCAGCUGAAGAGGAAGGUUUGUUGGGAUCGACAUAUUACGCUAACCAUUUAUCCAAGCUGGAGAACAAGAAGUUGAGAUUAUUUAUGGAUUACGAUAUGAUGGCGUCUCCAAAUUAUGAAUAUGAAGUCUACGAUGCUAACAACAAGGAUCAUCCCAACGGACUGGGAAAUCUACGUGAUUUGUACAUUGAUUGGUAUAAACAGCAUGGGUUGAACUACACAUUGGUUCCAUUUGAUGGUAGAUCAGAUUACGUUGGAUUUAUUGAUCAAAAUAUACCAGCUGGAGGGAUUGCCACUGGUGCCGAAAAGUUGAAGGACAAAGAAGCUAAACGCAAAUUUGGUGGCGACUUGGGUAAAGCGUUUGACCCAUGUUACCAUCAAUUGUGUGAUGAUUUGUCAAACCCAAGUUAUGAAGCAUGGGGAUUGAAUACAAAGCUUAUUGCUCAUUCAGUUGCUACUUUUGCCAAGACUUUUGAUGGGUUCCCCAAGAGAGAAGUAGAUAAGGUGCAACAACAACUGGUUACCGGUGGUGAUGCUUUGUUUACAAGAAGAGGUGAUUUGUAUGUUGUAUAG